AUGGUUAUUAUUGGAUAUUUUAAUGCUGUCAAAGGUUCGCACGAACGUUCCAGUUGUUGUAGACCUAACUCGGCUGCUUGCCAGGAUUUUUGCGAGUUUAUCGACGCUUCUAAGCUCAUAGAGUCUCCUACGAUGGGUCUCAAAUAUACUUGGUCUGGCCGCAGAUUUAUGCCGUCUCAUGUGGAAUCAACGAUGGAUAGAGCGUUAUUUUCUAUGGAUUUCUUCGAGAUGUGGCAGCAGGUUUAUACGCAAGCCUUGCCGCGUUUAACGUCUGAUCAUUCGCCCUUGGUAUUGCAUUGUAUUUCUUCUUAUAGUGGUCGGCGCUUCUUCCGCUUCUUUGAUAUGUGGACUUUACAUCCUGAUUUCCUGACUGUUGUUGAAAAAUCUUGGACAGAUAAUGUUGAUUGUAGCUGCCCUAUCUAUACGGUUAUGGCAAAAAUCAAACGUCUCAGAAGCGUUCUCAAGAUCUGGAAUAAAAAUACUUUUGGGAAUGUGGAUAAAAAAAUCAUGGAGACACAGCAGGAUCUUAUGGAUAUUCAGGCUCAAAUUGCUGUUGAUGGUUAUACUGAGGAGUUAUUUGAGAAGGAGGUUCAGGCGCAAGCGACCAUCAAUACCGCACUCUCGGCGAAGAACUCUUUAAUGCAGCAAAAGAGUAGAGUUAAUUGGCUUAAGGAUGGUGAUAGAAAUACCGCUUUUUUCCACACGAUGCUUAAGUAUAAGCGAAAGCCGAAGAUUAUUUCUCACUUAUCGAUUAAUGGUGAUUUAGUUUAUGAUCAGGAAGAGAUUGGAAACCACAUUGUUGAUUAUUUUACCAAUCUUUUCGAUGAUAGCGGGGAUAUUACUGAUGACAUCACUGCGGUGGAAGCGGUGAUCGACAGGAUGGUGACGGACCAGCAUAAUGCUCUUCUUUCGAAAAUUCCUGAAGAUGAUGAGAUUGCAGCUGCGGUUUUUAAUAUGGACGCUCAAAGCUCGCCAGGACCGGACGGUUUUUCUGGUCACUUCUUUCAAAGUUGUUGGAAUAUUAUCAAGGAUGAUAUUUAUCGUGAUGUUCGUACUUUCUUUACUUGCUCUUAUUUGCCGACGGGUUGCAACUCUAGCACUAUGGUUCUCAUUCCUAAAAAGGAUACGGUGGUUUCGGUGAUGGAUCUUCGCCCGUUAGUUCUGUCGAAUUUUUUAUUCAAAAUUAUCUCGAAAGUGUUGGCUACUCGUCUUAGCUCUUUGGCCCAUCACUAUGUGACGCCUAACCAAUUUGGGUUUAUUAGCGGACGUUCGAUACACGAUUGUAUCAUGCUGGGGUCGGAGGGAGUGAACUGCAUGCACAGAACUGGUAGUGGCAUUAAUAUGGCUUGCAAAAUCGACAUUAGGAAAGCCUUUGAUACUAUCAACUGGACCUUUCUUCUUAAUGUUCUUCGUGUCGCUGGCUACGAUCAAAGGUUCAUUAAAUGGAUUGAUGUCAUUCUUAAGUCUGCAAAAGUUUCCAUCCUUUAUAAUGAUAAGCUUUGCGGUUAUUUUAGCUGUUCUCGUGGUGUUCGACAAGGAGAUCCGCUUUCCCCGAUUUUAUUUGGAAUUGCUGAAGAUGUUCUGAGUACUCUUUUUAUUAAUUGUGUCAACUCGGGUCAUCUUUCUACGAUGAAGUCGAGCAGGGGUUCUCCCUUCUCCACUCAUCUUUUGUACGCCGAUGACAUCUUGGUCUUCUGCCCGGCUAAUGACAGAAAUGCUCAGACCAUUCUCAAUAUUCUAGAUUAUUACGGGAAGAUUUCGGGGCAAAGCUUCAAUCCUGAAAAGUCUCAGAUUUUCUUUUCCAACAAAGUUCAGACCUUCUUGCGUCGCUCGAUCACUAGAACUAUUCCGUUCUCUGUUGGGAAUCUUCCUUUUAUUUAUCUUGGAGUGCCGAUAUUUAAAGGGAAAGUCCGUGCUGCUCAUCUUCGUUCGAUUCAUGAUAAGAUUUUGAAUAAGUUUUCUAGAUGGAAGGGUCUUAAACUUUCUAUGGCUGGACGUUUGUGUUUGGUUAAAUAUGUGAUUCAAAGCUCUUUAACGCAUUCUAUGAUGGUUUACCGUUGGCCACGACAGCUUCUCCAUGAGUUGGACUCCAAAUGUCGUAACUUCAUCUGGACUGGUGACACUUGCAAAAAACCCUCCUGCCCGGUCGCUUGGAAUCGGGUUUGCUCGAUUAAAACAGAAGGUGGGCUGGGGGUUCGUUCUUUUUCUAUCAUGAAUAAAUGUUUCCUCAUGAAAAUCGCCUGGAAAAUUAUCUGCGGGAAAGAUUUUGGUUUUGACUUGAUCAAGGAUCGAUAUCUUAAUCGUUUCUGCAGGACGAAAAAUCUCACGACUCCGUCCACAUUAUGGAUGCGUAUUAGAGAGGAAGUCGGAAGUCUGGUUGAAAAUUCUUAUUCCUUCAUUGGGAACGGCAGCUCCACGAACUUUUGGACUGACGACUGGCUUGGAUAUCGUUUAAUUGAUAAAUGUCAUAUCCCUCAUUUCAUGUGGAACUAUCUGCAUUAUCCGGUUUCGGAAUACUUUUACGAUGGAGUUUGGCAUUUCACUCAAGAUUUCAUAAACUUGUACCCUCACGUCGUUUGUGACAUUCUUCUUAUUCCUAUUGGGGAGGAUACGGAUAUGAGAUAUUGGAAACAUUCUAUGACUGGUAAUGUUUCAUCGGCUAAUGCGUUUGCUAAUGAAUGUCAUAAAUUCUCGCGUGUUAUCUGGGGAACAUGUCUGUGGGAAUCGUAUAUUCCUGUUCGGAGGUCGCUUAUCUCUUGGAGAAUCAUUCAAAAUAGAUUGCCUACUCUUGAUCGUUUGAUUCGACAAGGUAUUCAAAUGCCGAACCAUUGUCCUUUUUGCUUUAAAGCGGCUGAAAGUAUUCCUCAUGUCUUCUGGUCUUGUUCGGCGGUGCAACCUAUCUGGAAAGAGCUGCUUAGCUGGUUUAAUCUCGAGCAUGCUUUACAGGAGAUUGAUAUUCAUAACUUUCUAGUGGCUGCUUGGAAUAUCAAGCUUAGCUCACAACUUAAUUGUCUCUGGAAAGCUGGAGUCAUCACGGUUCUUUGGGCUAUUUGGGGACAACGUAACAGCUGUGUUUUUGAAGAUAAAACUUUUGAUUCUAGGCGGGCUAUUCAAAUGGUUAAAGUUUGUUUUAAGGAAAUGGACAUGAACUGCAAGAAUAUUGGCCAUAUGUAUAACUCUUGGUCAGAUUACACCAUGCUAAGGAAAAUUGGCGUUGCUCCUAGGGCCGCUCCUCCCCCGGAGUUUAUAACCGUGCAUUGGUGGCCGCCGGCGGCCCCUUGGAUGAAAGUUAAUACCGACGGUUCGGCAAUGGGAGCUCCGGGUCGCAUUGCUGCAGGAGGUGUUUUCAGAGAUAAUUGGAGUUGGGUUAGAGGAUGUUUUCAUGUUAAAGGAGGAGUUGGGUUCGCUUAUGAGGCAGAAUUAAUGGCUGUCAUUACCGCCAUUCAUAUUGCUAAUUUGCGUGGAUGGCAUCACCUGUGGAUUGAGUCGGAUUCUAGCUAUGUUGUCCAUCUGCUUAACACGCGCUCUAGAGAUGUUCCUUGGCGAUUUGCUGCUUCUUGGCAUUCUAUCCUUAGCAUUCUCAAUACCUUCAGACUACAAAUCUCUCACGUUUAUCAGGAAGGUAACACUGCGGCGGAUAUUAUGGCAAACCAUCAACGUGAGGAGGGAUGGUGGCCACAUGAAAUUACUGAAAUUCAAAAAGUUGUUCGUCUUGACAUGCACACGCAUAGUCACCUGCGUAUCAAGAAUUAA